AUGCAUUUAUACUUCAAUUCGGAGAUCCUUCCGGGGGACACUGGACCGGACGAUGUUUCAGACUCAUCUUCAGUCGAAUCGGACGACGGUCUCCUUUCACCAUGCUAUACAUCAUUCUGCGGAGUGACACUUGAUCAAGCAGAGCACGGGCAACUCUCUGAAUUCCAUGUCAUUGGAGCAGACGGGGAUUCAGAGACUUGGAGUCAGGAAUGGCAGGCCAUGGCAAGAGAGGUGGGGGGCUUUGAGAGACUGCAGUCUCUUGUCAAGACUGGACUCGCAGCCGUCCGAGUCAGGGUCGGCCUUGCCCAUCUGCCGGGCCUCGAAGCACAAAUCGCAGAGUUGUCCGGUUUUCGCUUAUCUCAAGACAUGAUCAUUACCUGUGCUCACUUCACGGACUGGGAUAUCGCUGGAAACAAUGUCGAAUUCUUCUUGAACGGGCAAAAUGGUGUUUGCGAGGCGAUUCAGGCGAGAAUGGUCAAAGGAGGUGAUCUCAAAGGUCGCUUUGCACUCCGCCUUUGGGCCAUCCACAAAGCCUGGGACAUUGCUGUUUUUCGUAUCACAGACUGGCCCAUAAAUAACAGUCAGUUGUCCGUUAUCAAGAAAGAGGAUAUCUAUCUGGCUACUCCGGAGGACUGUCACCAAUUGAAAGACGCUCCGCAGGGGCGAUUCUGGUCAGUUGGAUACAAUCGUGCUGUCAACCUGGACGAACUUCGCCAGCGUUUCACGGCUUUCUAUUCAAAACGCCAGCGCGACGAGCAGCUGAAAAUCAGUCAUCGAUACGAGUUCAGCGACACCAAUCCACCCGGAGCCAAAUUCCUUGAACCGAACAAGAGAACUGUCAGCUUCGGCACAAAGAUCGGAUUCCCUCAUGAUGCCAAAGAACACCAAGCGUGCGUGGAACUGAGUGCGUGGUACGGACGGUCAGGCUCAAUGGUUUGCGCCGAGAAAGAUGGUAGCUCGGUCGUUAUCGGGAUCGUCCAAGGAGGCGAAGAGGGCUCUGAUUGCAACCUCAUCUUGUUAUUCAAUACUGAGACGAGACAAUGGCUGGCUGCCGCCACCGAGCUGGGGAAUGGUGCAGGUCAGCAGGAUAUCACCAAGCGCGUCGUCAUGGCUUGA